GAAAAGGCAGAAGAAGAAAGAGAAAAGGAAGAAGAAGAGAAAAAAAACAUUUCAUUCUUCUCCCACAAAAACUAGUACACUGCACACUUUUGCGUGGCUUUUUGCAGUCUUUUUUGAGCUCUUAAAUAAAUGAAGCCAAACACACGCGCCUCCCUCCGCCUUACUCAAAAGCCGCGCUUUUCAUCACAACUGCUCUCUCUCUCUUUCUCGCAAGUCGCAACGCAAGACACGACGAUCUCUCUCUCUCUCUCUCUUGUUUCAAGCAAAAAUAUAGCAGAGGCUGUUUUUCAUGAUUUCAGCUAGCAUUCAAUGGCGAAUCUCUACGAUACUUCUACUAACAAUUAUUACUCUCCUCAAGAGCCAGACGAGAUUUCUCUUUUCCUCCAGCAAAUUCUGCUCCGUUCCAAUUCUUCGCCGUCGCAUUCAUUGCCGCGGCAGCACUCUCAUCUCGUACCGACCUCCGAUGGCAUCGCGGCGGAGCAGCACGUGGCAAUUGGUCAGAUCUCCGCGUUGAACUCGUGCUCCACUUGCGGCUUCGCGAAUGUAUCGCUCGAAAACUUGGAGAAUGAAACGGAUGAUUGUGACUAUGAGAGCGAGGAGGCUGUUGAAGCUGCGGUGGGAGAGACGGUGGCGAAGGCGCGGUGCUCUACUAAGAGGACUAGAGCAGCUGAGGUGCAUAAUCUCUCUGAAAAGAGGAGGAGGAGCAGGAUUAACGAGAAAAUGAAGGCAUUGCAAAAUCUAAUUCCAAAUUCAAACAAGACUGACAAGGCUUCGAUGCUCGACGAAGCUAUCGAGUAUCUCAAGCAGCUCCAGCUCCAAGUACAGAUGUUAACAAUGAGAAAUGGGUUAAACCUUUAUCCUAUUUGCCUGCCGGGUAUGCUGCAGUCCAAUCAGGUUUCUCAAAUGAGGGCGGAUGUCUAUGCCACAGAUAAAUACUCAAAUGUAAAUAUGAUGAAAGAAGUUAGACUGGACCAGAAUAUCUCGGCUGAUUCUCUUCUCGGCCUACCUGAAAACUGUGUUAAGCAGGAGAACGUGUCCGAUUUCUCAAGUAUGAUUGGUUCCAAAACUUCAAUGGAAGUCGAAUCAUCCAUGCAGCAGCAUCACUUCGGAGCAUUUCAAUUCUCCAGAUCAUCAUUUAAAAAGACUGAGAAGGUGUUGCCACGCCAGCCUUUUAUGGAAGAUUGCCCUCAAACUAGCUCUGCUGGAGCAAAAACGACAUCUUCAAUCCGUUUGGACACACAAACGUCCGAUUUGAAGGCUAAUAUUUUGGAAGGAUGCGUUGCUGGAGCAGACAUUCUACUUACAAACUAUGUUAGUAACCCAGUCUUCUCAUCUCAUGACAGUUGAAAUAUGUGAUAUAUUGCCUCUCAUUCCAGCUAUUAUUGAUUGAAACAGAAAGCUAGCUUCUGGUACUGGUGUUUUUGUAUGGCUAACUUUUUUUUAGCAAAUAUGUGAUGCUAAAAGCUAAUCUUUUGUGGAGAAGCCGUGAUAUAUUUAAUGGUGAGAGUAAGUGAGAUUUGAAUGUCAUAGAUUGUGGUUUUAAUCAAUGUUGAAUGUGUUGCAUAUUGGUAUUCA